AAUUCAAAAUAAACAGAGAAUAAGCUUACCAUUCCUAAACUGCAUCUGUUUGCAUUGAAAUGGUCCCUGUCAUUGUGCUGUCUCUCUAAUUCAGCCCUCUUUUACCUUCAUGUUCCUCAUCAUGGCUGGCUGAAGCAUGCUUGGAUUUGUAGUCCAACCUGGAGUGCAUCAGUGUUAUCUGCUAUACAAUAGAUGUGUAAUUUUGUGGUUUUCCAUAGCAUUUUCGUGAUAAACUUAUAGCAAGUAAGACUAGUAAGUAUUGUAGUAAAUCCUGAUAUCUCAAAGUUAGGAGGCAGCAUGCAUUUUUAAAAACAGUUAUUUAUAUGUCCUUGGAUAUCCAAGAGUUGAGUAAGAAAUACAAAAUGGAUUGUACAGAAAAAGAGGAAGAAAUCCAACCUGCUUCAAGGUAGAAUAAACUUUUUUAGUUCAACAUAAGAGAAUACAAGCAGUAGCUUAAAUGGAACCCUUAGUUUCUUGUUCUUUUCUAUUGUAAUGAAAGCAAAGCUCCAACCCUCUUUCUCACUAAAAAUUCUUAUGUCUGUUCAAAGGCUCUUCCCUUACCUGGAGACCCUGAGACAUGCCUGAAUACACAAGGAGUAUCUGGCAAGAAAGAAAGAUGACAGAGGGCCGCCGGUGUCAAGUGCACCUUCUUGAUGACAGGAAGUUGGAACUCCUGGUGCAGCCAAAGCUUUUGGCCAAGGAGCUGCUAGACCUGGUGGCAUCGCAUUUCAACCUGAAAGAGAAGGAGUACUUUGGAAUUGCCUUCACAGAUGAGACUGGCCAUCUGAAUUGGCUUCAGUUGGAUCGCCGAGUGCUGGAACAUGACUUCCCCAAAAAGUCAGGACCAGUGGUUUUGUACUUCUGUGUCAGGUUCUACAUUGAGAGCAUAUCCUACCUAAAGGAUAAUGCUACCAUUGAAUUGUUUUUCUUGAAUGCAAAGUCCUGCAUUUACAAGGAGCUCAUUGAGGUUGACAGUGAAGUUGUGUUUGAAUUGGCUGCAUACAUCUUGCAGGAAGCAAAAGGUGAUUUUUCAAGCAAUGACAUGGUAAGGACAGACUUGAAGAAACUUCCAGCUCUUCCAACACAAGCCCUGAAGGAGCACCCAUCUCUUGCUUACUGUGAGGACCGAGUUAUUGAGCAUUACAAGAAACUAAAUGGCCAGACAAGAGGCCAGGCCAUUGUCAAUUAUAUGAGCAUUGUAGAAUCUCUUCCAACAUAUGGAGUUCACUAUUAUGCAGUCAAGGACAAGCAGGGAAUUCCUUGGUGGUUAGGACUUAGCUACAAGGGGAUCUUUCAGUAUGACUAUCAUGACAAAGUAAAACCAAGAAAGAUCUUCCAAUGGAGGCAGCUAGAGAAUUUGUACUUCAGAGAGAAGAAGUUUUCAGUGGAAGUGCAUGAUCCACGCAGGGCAUCUGUAACAAGAAGGACUUUUGGACACAGUGGCAUUGCUGUACACACAUGGUAUGCCUGUCCUGCCUUGAUAAAAUCCAUCUGGGCUAUGGCAAUUAGCCAGCACCAGUUCUAUUUGGACAGAAAGCAGAGCAAGUCCAAAAUCCAUGCAGCAAGAAGCCUGAGUGAGAUUGCAAUUGACCUAACUGAAACUGGAACUCUGAAGACCUCCAAACUAGCCAACAUGGGAAGCAAAGGAAAGAUUAUCAGUGGCAGCAGCGGCAGCCUUUUGUCAUCAGGUUCCCAAGAGUCAGAUAGCUCUCAGUCUGCCAAGAAAGACAUGCUGGCUGCCUUGAAAUCUAGGCAAGAAGCACUGGAGGAGACACUACGCCAGCGCCUGGAGGAACUGAAGAAACUGUGUCUCCGAGAAGCGGAGCUUACAGGAAAAUUACCAAGAGAGUAUCCCCUUGACCCAGGAGAAGAGCCCCCAAUUGUGCGAAGAAGAAUAGGUACUUCCUUUAAAUUGGAUGAACAGAAAAUACUUCCAAAAGGAGAGGAAGCUGAGCUGGAACGUUUGGAGAGAGAAUUUGCCAUUCAGUCACAGAUCACUGAAGCUGCUCGACGCCUAGCCAGCGAUCCCAAUGUCAGUAAGAAGCUGAAGAAACAAAGGAAAACCUCCUAUCUUAAUGCACUGAAGAAACUGCAGGAGAUUGAAAAUGCCAUCAAUGAGUAUCGUAUCAAAUCUGGAAAAAAGCCAACACAAAGGGCCUCCCUGAUCAUAGAUGAUGGAAACAUUGCCAGCGAGGAUAGUUCCCUCUCCGAUGCGCUUGUUCUAGAAGAUGAAGACUCUCAGGGUACCAGCACAAUAUCCCCGAUACAGUCACCUCACAAAGGCCUCCCUCCACGCCCACCCCUGCAUAAUAGACCACCUCCUCCGCAGUCACUGGAGGGACUCAGACAGAUGCACUAUCACAGAAAUGACUAUGAUAAGUCUCCCAUCAAGCCCAAGAUGUGGAGUGAGUCCUCCUUGGAUGAACCCUAUGAGAAGGUCAAGAAACGCUCCUCACACAGUCAUUCCAGCAGCCACAAGCGGUUCCCCAGCACUGGAAGCUGUGCAGAGGGUGGAGAGAGCAACUCCCUACAAAACAGCCCCAUUAGGAAUCUCCCCCACUGGAACUCCCAGUCCAGCAUGCCAUCGACACCAGAUCUACGGGUACGCAGUCCACAUUAUGUGCAUUCUACUAGGUCAGUGGACAUCAGCCCUACGAAACUGCAUAGUUUAGCACAGCACUUUAGACACAGAAGCUCCAGUUUAGAGUCCCAAGGGAAGCUUCUUGGGUCAGAAAAUGAGACAGGGAGCCCUGACUUCUACACCCCCAGGACUCGUAGCAGUAACGGUUCUGACCCAAUGGAUGACUGCUCCUCCUGCACCAGCCAUUCCAGUUCCGAACACUACUACCCAGCUCAGAUGAAUGCCAACUAUUCCACCCUGGCUGAGGAUUCCCCCUCCAAAGCUCGAGAGCGGCAGCGGCAGCGGCACAAGUCGGCAGGAAACCUUGUCUCCUCCAAUUCUGGGAGCAUGCCCAACUUGGCUGCCAGGAAUGGGACUGGCCACCAUGGAGUCUAUCUGCAUAGCCAGAGCCAGCCUUCAUCCCAGUACAGGAUCAAAGAGUACCCCCUGUACAUCGAAGGGAGCUCCACGCCAGUGGUGGUGCGCAGCCUGGAGAAUGACCAGGAAGGACACUACAGCGUGAAAGCACAAUUUAAAACGUCCAACUCAUACACGGCAGGGGGAAUGUUUAAGGAGAACUGGCAUGGCGACGAAGUAGACUCAGUAAGACUGACCCCCUCCCGGUCUCAAAUCAUAAGGACUCCCUCUUUGGGCAGAGAGGGUCACGAGAAGGGCUCAGGAAGGACAAUGGUGUCCGAUGAACUGAGGUUGUGGUACCAGCGGUCCACAGCCUCCCACAAAGACCACAGCCGCUUGUCGCACACAAGCUCCACUUCGUCGGAUAGCAGUUCCCAGUACAGCACCUCCUCCCAAAGCACCUUUGUGGCACACAGCAGGGUAACAAGGAUGCCUCCAAUGUGCAAAGCAACAUCAGCUGCCUUACCUCACAGUCAGAGGAGUUCGACCCCAUCUAGUGAGCUAGCAGCCACGCCACCAAGCAGCCCGCAUCAUAUCCUUGCCUGGCAGACAGGGAGCUACAAUGACAGCUGUUACCUGGAUUCUCCCCUCUAUCCUGAACUAGCUGAUGUCCAGUGGUAUGGACAGGAGAAAGCCAAACCUGGAACUCUAGUAUGAAUCUCCUUGACCUCGGCCGUACAAACACAUCAAUGCCAUUCUGAAAUCACCUCACUGCCUCUCAUUUGCCUUACCCAGGAUGCACUGGUGCUUGACACCAGCUUCAUGUCAAAGCACUUUUCUCAUAAGGCAGUUGAAGAUAUUGUGAAAACAACAGCUCCAUGGCAGAUCUCUGCCCAGUCAGUAGUAAAAAGUCUUCGGCCCCAGUUUCUGCAGACUGCCCCACAGAGCACAGCCAAGAGAAGAGGACAAAUGUAUAACACAGUACACAGUCAACACAAACUAUUUGUUGCAUAAUUUUGUUCUUUGAUAUGUAAAACUAACCCACCAGAUGAUUUGAUCUUAACAGUGUAAGUGCUACAGAUGGUGUAACAGUUAUUGUGAAAUACCUGUUUCCUGACAGAAAAAAGGACUGGGGGGAGAGAGCACAGCAGUGGCAUUUUAAAAAUGGACCGGCAUGUGGUGAUUUGUUCUAUGCUUCCAAAAACUGCUGUAACUGCCAGUUAUGAAGCAUUUACCUAACACCAUCCUGUUUUCCAGAAAUAGAGUCCUAGUAUUCUGUAAACCAUUCUCCAUCUUCUUCAUCCUGAUGCCAUCAAACGCAAUGUAAUCUCAGCAGUGGUACAGAUUCCACACAAACUUGGCAGGUACCAGUUGAGAAAAGCCACUGAGAUGAACAAGAUGGUACACAAGGGCAUCAGCAAGAACAAGGGCAAGAAACUGCUGCUUUUAACAUUCCUGUGACUAGUUGCAAGCAAAAGCACCAGUAACAUAAGAACUUCUGUGAUCUGUUUGCAAAAUAAAAUGCCAAAAAACUUUAAGAUUUAAACAAAAUCAAUCACUGUAGAAGAAA